ACAUUUUCCCUACAUUUAUAUUACUGAUAAAAAAAAAAACAUUUUCCUGGACAAGGUGGGGCAUUUUUUUCUUAUAAAUCUGUUCUUCUGGUUUGUCAAACUCUGCACCUCUAAGAAUUGAUAAGAAAUGGAAACAAAAGAUGCUGAGGCACUGUUACGAAGCCAAGAAAAAGUAUGGCGUCACAUGUUCGGUUUUGCAGAUUCCAUGGCACUCAAGUGCGCCGUGGAGCUCCGCAUAGCGGACAUAAUUCACUCUCACGGCGGCGCCACUACCUUGUCCCAAAUAGCUUCUGGAAUCGAUUCUCCCUCUCCGGAUAUUAGCUACCUCACACGCAUCAUGAGGUUGCUAGUCCGACGUCAAGUUUUCACGGUCCACAACCCAUCAGACGACGGUGCUGAAGAGCCUCUUUAUGGGCUCACCGACUCAUCAAAGUGGCUGUUACAUGACUCCGAAUUGAGUCUGGCACCCAUGAUUCUGAUGGAGAACCAUCCCUCGCUGGUGGCUCCCUGGCACUGUUUCAGCCGCUGCAUCAAAGAAGGUGGAAUUGCCUUCGAGAAGGCUCAUGGCAGUGAGAUUUGGGAGCUUGCGUCGAGGGAUCCUGAUUUCAACAAGCUUUUCAACGAUGCCAUGGCUUGUACUUCGAAAGUCGUUACAAGAGGAAUUCUGUUUGGGUAUAAAGAAGGGUUUAGCUGCCUGGGAUCGCUGGCGGACGUGGGUGGCGGUACCGGUAGCCUGUUGGUGGAGAUUGUGAGAGCGCAUCCGCAUAUCAAAGGUAUAAACUUUGAUUUACCACAUGUUGUGGCGACGGCGCCGACGCAUCAGGGGGUCUCACAUGUUGGAGGCGACAUGUUUGAAGCCGUACCUAAUGCGGAUGCUGUUAUCUUGAAGUGGAUAUUGCAUGAUUGGAAUGAUGAAGAUUGCAUUAAGAUUCUAAGAAACUGCAGAAACGCAAUACCUACAGAGACUGGCAAGGUUAUUAUCAUUGAAAACAUUCUAAAACCAGAUGGCAGUGGCAUGUUUGAUGACCUCGGUUUUAUAUUCGAUCUUCUAAUGAUUGCCCACACAUCUGGUGGGAGAGAGAGGACCCAGCUCGAAUGGGAAAAACUCUUGGAGAAAGGAGGCUUCCCUAGACAUCAAAUUGUCACUAUUCCUGCUCCUCUAGCCAUUAUCGAGGCAUAUCCCAAAUAGUAUCAAACUAGCUACCUGUGGGAGCUUUUUCAAUUAAUAGAACUUAUUGAUAAUAAGAUAUGGCAAUAAGUACAACUUGGAAUAACCUUGCGAUAUUUGGUUACAAAUUAAAUAACUUGAUAGUUUCUUCAGGAAGCACCUUUUCUAGGAGAUUCUUGAGGUAAACUUUUCACUUAUUUAAUCAAAUAUUAUAUUGUGUCUCCUAAGUUACUUUCUAGUGGUUAGAAACUUAAAUCUUUGCUUUGGAAAUUUCAAGUUUGAAACUUAAGAUAAGCGGAGGAGUUUCAAAAGGAGAGGGCUAUCUUUCAUUGUAUAGUCCAUUAUCUGAUUUUAAGAAAAAAUUACAUAGAUA